CUGGACGCUAACAGAAGAAAUACUUUAGUUGAACUACUGUGAUAUUUCACCUAAAUUGUAAUUGUAAAUUGUGCUACCUACUAAAAGUGAACAAAAAACAAACCUUCUGCAAGCUUAAACUAUCCUUGUAAUUAUUUGCAUUAUUUAAAUAGAGCAAUCAAAAGUCAAUUGUGUGGACAGUAUCGCUGAUGUUGCUUUAACGGUUGCCUAACGAUCCGACCGAAAAAAAUGUCCUAUGCCAGCAAAAUCGAAGGGAUACGUAGGGGGUUUCGAAAGAAAAGCCAAUCCGGCCAAACAGUGCAGGAUUUGAGAGACCUGUUUGAUACGAUCGGUAAACAUACUGAACGGGAGAAAGCAGCUGUUUAUGUGUUCAAAGAAUUGUUAGAUGAGUAUUUGGAAUUGGAUGAUGAUAAAAUUGAACAGAGACGAGCAUUAUUGGAAGCGUUGAGAUACCUAAUCGAGCAAUGUAAAGAAGCGAAUGAGGAUGUGAAAAAGCAUUUCGUUCCCCGGGUGUAUAACUUAGUGGUCAAAAUCAUCAACAAAGAAAACAAGCGACAUAUGAUAAUAGAAAGUUGUUGGCUCAUGGAGAUGUGUCCAGCGACAGACGAACACAUGGAAUUAUUUUUUCGAGUUAGUAAAGUGGCGCUUAAAGUAAUUUGUGAAUUACACAUUAAGGCGUCAAAGCUUCAGUCGGCUGAAAUUGAACAAACAAUCUCAAAUGGACUGGGUUUCAUCUGCACAACAAAUUUACGGAUGGUGGAAUAUUGGUCCCGCUCGGAAGAAGCAGAUAUUCGCGCUAAAGCAAUAGCCAUUUUCAACGAUGUGUUCAACAAUUCCACGGCAUUGCUUUAUCGUGUGUUCAGUGUUGAGCCAGUUCGGGCGAAAAAAUUUUUCAACGCAAUUGUGGAUACGUUUCGACUGGAGGGAAAGUUUGAUGAAUCGGAAAUGAUACAUUUAUUCCAGAAGAGUCUUCCCUAUGUGGAAAGCAUUCUGAGUUUGGGAGAGGCAGAUCAGCAAUAUUUGGAGUUCGUUAGAUUUUUGGAUGUGUUUGAGAGGCUUAAGGGAGAACCAGUGGCAAGUUAUGUAGAAAUUCUGAAAGAAUACCUGAAAUUUCAGAACGAAUCGGAACCGGACGGGAAGAAAUUAUCGUGGAUAUCGGAUAAACUUAAAAAACUGACCGAAAAUUUCGUUACGGAUCCACUGCUACUGGAGCUUGUUAAUUUUAUCAUUCUGCAAAUUAGGAUACAUAUAGAUCAAAUGAAACAGCAGGUGCAAGGAAUAGCGAGCCAGGUGAUAGACUUGUGCAAAACGUUGAUGAAAUUUAGCAAACAUUGUCCAAGAAGCGUAUCACAGAUAUGCGCUCGCUGUGAAAAUUCUAGUCGGCAUCUGGUCGAUUACAUUUCCACGAUGGUGAUUCACACUGCUAUGAUCCUGUCAAAAGCUGGAGAACCGAUAAGUCCAGAGAUGGUCGUGUUGGUGAACGGAUUUUUGAAGCAUAAAUUGCUUACCCUAGAUGCCAUGAGCUGUGAGAAAAAGAAGUCGCUGUUAGACACAGGAUUGCGAUUUGCGGCGAAUUGGGUGCGUGUUUCCCUGCAAAUAAUUUCAGGAAGAGAUAUUCUUGACUUGGUUCGAAUGGUGAUUGACUUCAAGUAUCGAUAUAAGUUCGAAUUUUUGACACCUAAUUAUCUGAUUAGGCUGGUAGAGAAUUGUUUAAAGGAAGUUGAAUCUUCUAUCGAAAAUAUUGAUAUUAAGCUAGUGAAGCUGUUGAUGAUUCUUCGAGGGGAAAGCACUGACAAGGAACAAUCCAAAGAAAUAGAUGAGACUGUGUACGCAAUAAUGAACUAUCAAAUCAAUGGAAACGAUGAAAAUAUUCGAAAGAUGAAUAUCGUGCAAUUGUUGGCUCGAUCUGACCUAAACAAAUAUGGAUUUCCGGUCGAACAGAAAUUGAAUGACGAGGAAAAGGUUUCGAUUCUUAUCGCUGAAAUGAACUGGGCUUCCCGUUAUAAAAAUUCCAAUAUCCUAGACUAUUUCAACGCGCUUAAGCAGCUCAAUGCGGAUCCCUUGAGGCUUGGGAUGACAAUCUACAUGCUGGGUGAUGGAAUUUUUAAUGAAAUACCAGAGCAAACCGUUGAGAAGUUGAAGAUGAAAAUUCAAAACUCCAGACCAGAGACGGUUAUCGAUCAAAUACGUCGAUACAGUUCGCUUGCCGUUCUGUACUACUAUGCGUAUAGUGCGCGUUCGAAGACGAUCGUGAAGAAACUGAAAGGGUGCACUCUGGACAAAAACGCUAUCAAUAAUGAUCAGAUUAAUGAUGUUCUAACGGAAAAUUUAAUGGAUCAGGAAGCAAUUCUACUAUUUCAAAUGGAACAAAGCUACAGAAACUUUCGGGAUAUGGUACUCUUGCUGCUGGAGACCUCAUUUCAACACUUCAAUAUGAUUUAUUCCCUGAAUCAGGUAUCGUCCAUGCUCGACAACACAUGCCACUUUUAUCAGAUUUGCUACCAUCCACGACGAGCGGUUGAAGUGCAGCUUCUAAGCUACAUUCUUGUGAGUCAGAAACCCGACCGAAUGCUGGACCUGUGUCGGCCACUUGGACAUCUGAUAGAAAAUCGGAAAAUCUAUCUGCAAGUGCUUGAAGAUUCCCCAUAUAAAAAUCGUAACCUACCUUCGAUACACAAAUUGGUUGAGAAAACCCUCGAAAUAAUAGCUUCACAAGAAGCUGAAAUUCUUCAAAUACCCGAUACUCGUCAGUAUCAUUUUCUGAACCUAUACCUGUGUCUGGCGUUACACGAAGCAUCGGAGCGUAAUCUCCCGGGUGCCAUUGGUUACUUGGGGAAGUUGAAUACGUUGCUCCAGAAACUGCCACCCAAAUGUUCCCACACCGUUUCAGUGGUUCGAGGUCGUAUCUAUCAUACUCUGUUUCAUCUAGUCACCGUGUAUCGGUUACCGUUGCCACACCAACAGUCUCCGCGGGUAUUGAUUCGGUUGAUGUUGGGUCAUUAUAAUGAGAUACAGAAACUGACGACGGAGCACGCCUUUGUCGCUUCGACUAGUACACUGGAAAUGACGGUCGAUACGAUGCGCUACCAGAUGCUUCGGUACGACACCGAUCGGAUCGAGGCUCACGUCGAUCAGAUUCUGAGAUUCGUAUUGCGCCGGGGAGCUGGAUUUCGUGCGCUGCAUAUCCUAACGAUGUACGCUGCCAUCUCUGCCGAUGGCGAGAAGCUGGCAAAGUGUCGGAUGCUGCUCACGUACAUGGAUCGGCUACUAAUGUUUCGCCCUCUUAGCAAAAAUAAUAAAAUGAAACCACUCAAAACCAUCGAUCCGAUUCAGCAAGCUUCGGAACGUCUCGAGAUACCUUUCAUCUCACUCGAAGAUAGUCCCAACACUGUCGAUCAAACGCGGAAAGCAGUCCAACUGAUCAAAUCGCCAUCGAAAAGAAGUCUUUCGCCAAGUUUGUUUCCGGAGGAAAAAAUUGACGGCGGAAAGUAUACGAUUCAACAUCACACGGGGUGUAGCUGUCAGUUCUGCACUCAUCCGCAGUAUAAGUGCCAAGCACUGCUAACAGCUGCCACCUACGCUCGGUUGGCUUUUUUGGAAGGUCGUUCUGCGGAGUGUCGGAUGUUGUACGAAACUAUCUCGAAACACUGGAACGCCAAAAAACACACCUACAAAAGUUCGUCGUUGAUCGGAUACGAAGAGGAAUUCCUGACGUUAUUGGCACGAUCGUUCAUGCAUUAUGCUCAGUUCCUAGUCAAAGAAGGUCGGUUCGAGCUGGCAAAAGAGGAAUUUGACAGAAGCAUCAAUAUGCUUGAAAACAUUCACACCCCGAACCAAGAUCUGAUCGAGGAAAUUGAAGCCAAUGUCGAUGCGUGGAAAGAUUUACAGGAACUGGAAACGAUGAAACCCAAAGCGGUCGCUGUGACUUUAAGCUUUGAGGAAUUUUUAAAGCAAAAUCAUCGUGUUGAUUUCACGCCUGUGAUCGAAUUGGAGCGGCUUGAGCUGCGAACACCGAAGGUUAGUAAAACCAGACUGAUGCCAAAAACUGCCUCCAAAGCGGAUGAUCUGCUCAAACAGGUUGCAAGAAAACGUUUGAAAACUACAUUGGCUAAAAAUCUCAGUAAUGAAUCCACGCUCAUCAGUGCCAUGUCGGGACUAUCCUGUGGUUCCGAGAGCAAACUUAAAACGGUGAGUAUUUUUGUCGACUCACCCGAGAAAUCAAGUGCAGAAUUACAAAAUGGAACCAAACAACCGUUUGGGCUGAACACCUGCACCAAACAGAGGGUAUCUCCGGAGAGACGUGGCCGAAGAAAGAAAGUGCCAGGAGAGACUCCUGCCGCACCGAAAUCGACUCGUAAGAAGCGUAUACCUCUGAGUCCUUGUUUGAAAACCUCUUCGUCCAACGAAUCGUUCAAGGAUAUUCUUGUCAAGGCCAUCGAGUGUAGCACUCCAAAGAUUAACAACGUGACAACAAGGUGCAAAGCUCGGACGACCGGUAAAAAACGCAAGUUGGUCUCGAAUAUCCCAAAACUACAAAACCAAAUCAAAUCUCCCGACGUGGAACCAAAUCAUUCCUUCAAUAGUUCCUUCCGCGAUGUGUUACUGAAAUCACUAACCGAGUAUUCUAAGCCCAAAUCGAACGAUUCUUGUGUCAUUGUUCUGGACGACUCGGACGAUGAGGUUGUGGACACCAGUCUCACUGAAAACAAUUCCGUAACCGAAUCAAUCAACGGUGUUCUUUCGCUGAAGAAGUACUCCGAGCGGAAAGCUCUGUCCGCGAAUGGUAGCGGUAAAAAAGUAAUUGUUAAGACACGCCUUCAGUUCGAUACGUCGGUUGUUGACAUCACAACUCCGGUCAGUUCGCCGGCAGUGAGCUCCGCAGCCGAGGUAUCCAGUACAGACUCAACCAGCUCAACGACUGGAACAACGACAACAACGAGAAGGGGAAGAGGGCGACCUAAAAGUUGUAAAACACCGCAGGUUACUCCAGCUAAUACCGUCCGGGUAACCAGGAGAAGAGUACGAGGAAACACCGAAAAAGACUAGCAAACGGUAGUGUGGUAAAGUUGUACAAUCAAGGUAACACUUUUAAUUAUAUUUUAUAAUAAUUUUUCUUGA